AUGGUAAUAAUAACUGGUGUGUUUGUUGCGUCGGCGCAAGGCGUCGUGGUAACAGUGCGCAAUACGACAGUGUUUGUGCUUCCUACUAAUGCUUCAGAAACACAGAAACUGCUUCAAUUUGAGUUGCGUCAGGAUGCAGGCGACAUAGCAGAAGCUCCAGAGAUCGCCGAGAAUAAGGCUACCAAGCUGAAGCAAGCGACGCAGCCAGUACCGCCAUCUAAUCGCAUUACAGCUAUUCUGUUGUUUCAGCCACAAUAUUGUGAGCAUUUGGCGCUGCUGCUGCUGGUGGAUGAGCGACGACUGGUGCAUUACGAGCUGAAUUUGUCAGCUGAGACGCUGCUGCUUAAAACGCUUCGUUCAGUACCUCGUAGCGCCACGUGCAUGACUGUGGGCACUUUGAAGAUCACUAAUGGAGAGAUGAAGCACGUAGUCAUUUUGGGCCAGAAGACGGGCGAAGUUGUGGCUGUGCCCUUCCCGGAUGUGGCACGCGACCUAAAGAUGCUAUUAGGCCACACAACGUCUAUGAUUACCCACGUGGCUCUCAAUCACGACUCGUCCCUGCUUUUGACAGCCGAUCGUGAUGAGAAGCUGCGUGUGUCUAGGUUUCCAAAUGCUGCGAUUAUUGAGAGCUACUGCUUGGGUCAUGCUGCCAGUCUGACCAAGGUGGCUUGUAGUUCUGUCACGCCGGAACUUGUUGUCUCGACGUCCAUAGACAACACGCUAAAGCUUUGGGAUAUGACGACGGGCAAGUUGUUGGCAACGAAGACGCUACUUGUAGGCUUGGACGUGUCUAUCGAACAUGCUGACAAGGAUGAAGCUAAUGAUGAGGACAGUGAUCGCAAGGCUGCCAAGAGCUUACUGAAUGUGUCAUUGUCAAUUUGCUCUAAGACGAACAUUGUGGCAGUCUUAGUAAACUAUCAGUAUGUGCGAUUCUUUGAGAUUGAGUGUGACAAGGGAAUACCGACCAUGAGAGAGAUGGCGAUACCGAUUGAGGACGAGCAGUUGCUGCUUGCAAAUGAGCCUUGUGAGAUUUUAUUUACCGAGGACGAGAUGCUUGCGGUGUCAUACAAGAAGAACCCGUUUCUUCAGUUAUAUUCCAUUUCAAAAGGGGAGAACAAGAGGCUGUCACCUGUGGAUUUUAACUCUAACGUGUUAAAUGACUUUCGGAGCGCUGCUGCAGCAAUUGAAUUGGUAGAUGAUGAGGAAAGCGCUCUAGACACACUCGAGGAUGGUCUAAAGAAGAAAAAGGCUCGGACUGGCGAGGGGAAUAAGAUGGUGCCUGGAGACAAAUAA